AUGCAGACAUUUAUCUGCACAAUCCACGUGGAUCAAAUGAUAGACUCAAUGAACAAUCUGCUGCAAGAACUAAUGCCAACAGAGUAUUUGAUUCACAGCGAUACCGCAGCUGAUGAUGAAACUGGACAAUACAGAAUGAAAUAUUUUCAGAGUGGUUCUGCAGUGAAUGAAGGUACUGGUGAAAGUCACCUGACUAUUGAAUGGACCAAUCAGCAUGGAUGUGGUGGGAGUGAGGAUGAUGAUCCACAUAAAACCAAUUGUCAUCUUGUUCUCCAAUACAUGUGUCAAGAUGAUGUCAGUUCAGCAACAGGUAAUGAUGAUACACUACGCAAUGGUAAAGACACCGACUCUCAGGAACACACACCCAUUGAUGAUGAAUUGGAUGAAAGUAAAAAUGACAAAACAAACAGAAAAGAUGGUGAUGUCAGCUCUGAUAAAGUGAUCCAAGAACAAUGGGAAUGGUAUGAUAAAUGUUAUAACAGAGAAAGAAACAAAGGUUUGUUUACAGCUGACCAAAAUUUAAAAGAUAAUGACAAUGGUUACAGUUCAGCAAUCUACACAAGACAGAAUCCAAAUGGUAAUCGCUAUGGUUACGAAUGUCCUGAAGAAAGAGAUCAUUAUCCCUAUUGGCAUCCAUCACCAUGGAGAGAUAUUUCAGUACUUGUACAGGAAACCACUUUGUGCAGUUAUUUUCAAGAAGAAAGUUUUAAUGUUAAGGAGAGAUACGAAUGUGUUGAAUAUUACAAUGCUCAAAGAACACAAGCAAAACAUUGGUCAAGAUGGAAUAAUGAGAAAGACUGCCUGGACAAUAAUGGGGACUGGUUAGGAUUUGUUAACUAUCUUGAAAAAGCUCCAGAUUACACCAGUGAAGAAGAAUGCCAAUCACAUACCGGUAGUGGACAGAGAUAUAUCUGGGCAAGGCCAUAUGGAAGUAUUGCCAAGGAGUGUUUAGUUGCCUUAGAGAUGCCAGAGUGUAAACAAUCACCAUGGACACGGGAUAACCAUCUUGGUAAUGAUCGUGAUGGGUAUGCUAGCAACUACACAUGGGUAUUACCUCAUUUCCCAUCACAAAAGGACAAAAGAUGUGUGUUUCGUAUAAGAUACAAUAUUUCCACAGAUGACUACGAUCCAUAUAACACCAAUUCAAGUCAUAAUCAUAACCCACAAGAAGGUGUAAUAUCCCCUGUUGUUAAUAAUCCAGCAGUAGAUAUCGGUGCUGCUAACGUGCCACUGAGACUUGCAAUCAAUACUGCUCAGUAUGGACGUAUAUUUCAAGACCGUACACAUGUAUUCAAACUGACACCAAGACCUGCAGGCAUAGACACAAAGAAGAUAUAUAAUUUAAAUGUACGUGGUAAAAGAGGAAACAUAGUGCAAGUGUACCCUGCAGUGGAAUACGACUUUGUACCCAAUAGACUUACUAUAGAAGAUGGGGAUUUAGUUCACAUACAGUGGACUGGGUCAAACACACAUAAUAAUGGUAAUCCAGGUGGUGAUGGUCAAACAGGGGAUGAUGGUCAAGGCACUACAGGUACUGAUCGAAAUAACUUUGUUCAGAUGAACCAAGCUUUGGAAAAUUAUCCCCUCCCAUAUGAGAAUACGACGUUAUGGUCCUCUGUGAAAGUUGUAUGGAUUUAUCAUGAGGAAUCAAAUGUUGCUGCGAAAGAUCUAGCCGUUAACAUGGCAUCGGCUGGAUACUACAGGUGUAUGAAAAGUUCCAUUUGUAACCAGCAUUCCGUGGAAACUAAAGACGCUCUGAAUAAAUUACUGAACAAUGCACCAGCAUCUUAUGAGGGAGCUCUACUGGAGUUUACCAAAGGAACGUACCAUUAUAUGUGUACUAGAAAUAAUGAUUUUACAAAUCGGAGUCAAAAAGGUUAUAUUAAAGUUGUUUAAGAAUUUUUUUUUUCAUAUUAAGAUCUUGUUGACAAGAAUCUUAGUGUGAAUAAGUUGUACAUAAUGUUAUUACGAGAAGCAGUAAUCUAUUGCCAUGGUUACAAAAUUCUUAUAUAUCUUAAAUAUUUGUAUUGACUUUUUAUGACCAUCUAUUUGUGAAUAUUUUAGCAACAAGUUUAAAUGUGAUAGAAGCAAACAGUUCAUAACGCAACUCUUUGAUUGGGGUAUUUAAAAAAAAAAUUGAAUAUUCAAUACAAAACUCAAUAUGUAAAAUAUAUACCCUG